AUGUCAACGCCAAACAACUCAAUUGGCUGGUCAGUGCCCGACGACACGUUCACGGAAAACGGAGACUUCUACGUCGACGAACCCGUGUCACCGGGAAGUAUGGGAGAUAAUCUGUCGAUCUCAGACGACGGAUACGUCCGGCCGUAUGCCAAUUCCAUCAGUGAGAGUCCACCUCUUAGUGGCGUAACUGUCCUGGAGACAAACGUUAUCCAGCCAGCCAACGGCGGUCAUGCUGGAUUGGGGCCCUAUCAUGAAAUCGGCCACCGUUCGCCGAGCCCUAUAGCAGACGACUCCCGGAGCCUUGGCAGCAGACGGUGGAGCAUGUCCAGCACGUCCAGCACAUCCAGCACAUUCGACAACGUGGUCGACACUGUCGAAACCGCGCAGCCUGUUGAGGAUGCUGCUUCCAAUGUUCUUCCAUGUGAAUUUGCCUUCACGGACUGUGACUACAGCGCUCCGUUGGCAUAUGACAAAGAAUGGGCGAGCCACCAUCUAUCCCAUCUAAAAGGGAAGAUACCCAACCAGUGUUCGUGCUGGUUCUGUGGGAAGCUGUUCAAUGCCGAGGAGAAAGGGCGGAAGAGGGAGACGAAUUUCGAACGCCGCAUGCUCCACAUCAGUAACCACUAUCGCGAAGGCGAUUUUGGGGACGAGAUGCGUGCCCGUUCCGAUUUGCCUUUUUUGCAAUACCUUUACCGAAACAAAGUCAUCAGCAAAGAAGCAUAUGCGAUGCAGAAGCAAUAUGAACAGGAGCAAUCAACCAGCUAUCUACAUGACGAUGCCAGGUAUGCUGGCGAUGGCAGCUAUACAGGCGAUGGCCAUUAUAUCGACAGCAUGGUCUCAGGAAAUGGCCGCGAAGACAUACCUGAUACCGGUGGGUUUGUUGGCGACGACGGAUACUUCCAUGAUGGCGACGACUACCUCAGAAGUCGAGAAGGCGAUAGCAAAAAGGGCGGCAGGAAACCCGACAAGAAAGACGGUAAGAAGAAGGAUGGCCACAGGAAGAAGAAGUGA